AUGAACCAUGGUUUUCAAUCAUUUGGUCACCAGUACCAGGCACCGCCAAGCGUCAAUUAUUCCCCGUACAGAGGCUAUCACUACCAACCGUACCCGUAUGCAAGCGGAAGCAGCCAAGGUUUCCCCCAAACAGGCGCGCCACCAGGUCCAAGUGAACCUGGGAACCAACUCGCGAUCGUCCCAAAACCGGGAACGAGCAACGGCAGCAGUCAAGGGGGAGCCCUGGCAAUAAUCCACAGGAACAACCAAAACAAACAAUGCGUGAUAACCAACGAUCGUCCCGAGGAAGUUAGAGCGGGUAGAGAAAGUCUGACGUUUAACUACGAUCUGGCCCGAGACAGAAAGAGGGAGAAGGGGAGCCCCGGAGUAGUCGCAAGUGGAAGUCCAAACGGUAAGCCAGGACAAAAAGCGUAA